AUUAAUGUCAUCGAAGAUAAAAUGUAAUUCCUUAUAAAUAACGGACUGUAAUCAAUUGUUACGAACUAAUUAUUAGCAAUGUACCAAAUUUUGCUAUUAUUUUGUUUAGUAACAUUGGUUGUGGGAGGACAAUCGCCAAAUGCAGAAUAUGUCGAGGACUUAAUAAAAGAUACGGAUUUUGGGUCAAGGUUUUCGGAUAAUCUGAUAGAAGAUGCUUUCCUUGAUGCAGGAGGCUUGGCGAGAAAAUAUGGUUAUCCAUUUGAAGAACAUUUUGUACCAACCCAAGAUGGUUAUGUUUUGGGAUUACAUCGCAUACCGCAUGGCCGCGAUAGGAAUAACAUCCCUGGCCCAAGACCUGCCGUACUUGUCAUGCACGGAUUGCUGUCCACCUCCGCCGAUUUUAUAAUCAUGGGACCAGGGAAUGCAUUAGCUUAUAUACUGGCAGAAGAAGGCUUUGAUGUAUGGCUUGGAAAUGCUCGUGGUAGUCAUUACUCAAGAAGACAUAUUCUACUUAACCCAAACGAUCGGAGAGGAUCCUUUUGGGAUUUCUCAUGGGAUGAAAUAGGAAACCUGGAUCUUCCAGCUAUGAUUGACUAUAUUCUACUUCGGACUCGUUUACCGAGUAUACAUUAUAUAGGCAUGUCACAAGGAACUACAUCUUUCUUUGUAAUGGGAUCAUUAAGACCGGAUUAUAGCAGAAAAAUAACGUCAAUGCAUGCUUUAGCCCCCGUUGCUUACAUGGCACACGUCAGGACUCCUCUAUUUAAAUUACUCGCCCCACAUGCUGAAACAAUUUCGCGAAUACUUUCGAUCUUGGGAAUGAAAGAAAUACUACCUAAUCAUAUGGUGUUCACGUUGAUUGGAAUGACGUUUUGCCGUGAUGGUGCACCAUUCCAGCCUCUCUGUUCUGCUCUCAUUUUCUCCAUAGCAGGAUGGAACCCAAGCCAAAUGAACUCUACAAUGUUCCCAGCUAAACUCGGGCAUGUACCUGGAGGCUGUGCGAUGAACCAACUCGUCCACUACGCUCAAAGUAUCGUUGACAAAGAUUUUAGACGUUUUGAUCAUGGAACCAUUACCAAUAUCCUGAGAUAUGGUAGUGUUAUACCUCCGAAGUAUAACCUAUCUCAGUUAACAGCUCCUGUAUUCUUGCAUUAUUCAUUAUCUGAUCCAUUGGCUGAUCUUAGAGAUGUUGACAGACUCUAUUCGGAGAUUGGAGGACCAGUACAAAAGAUCAGAGUACCGUACGAUACUUUUAGUCAUGUAGACUUCAUGUGGGGUAUUGAUGCAAAAGAAUUAGUAUUUGAUCGUGUUAUAGAAAUAAUGAAAGGAUUCGAAAUUAACAAUAUAUGAUUUUACUAAA